CGCCUUACUGGUCUUACUCGUCUAAAAGUACGAGACAGAAAAAUAAAAAAUAGAACCAGGACAGCAAGAAGACAACAGAUCACAAGCAACAUUGUACCAGAAGAGAACCUUCCAAAAUCUAGCAAAAAAAUGGAUCCCAGUAAGUCUUCAGAUGUGCCUCUAUCCAACUGGAAUUCAUCAGAGAAGCAGCCCGCACCACCACCAUACCAUGACAACCCAGGAUACCCUAACACUGAAUAUCCUCCACCAGCGGCUUAUCCGAACCUUUCUGGAUAUCCUGCCCAGCAAUACGGAGCUCCAGGUGGUCAGCCAUACGUACAGGCCCCUUAUCCAGAACAGCCUCUGAUCACUGUACAGCCGACAGUUUAUGUGGCCCCCCCUCCUCUGGGCUCUCCACUGCCAGAUUACCUGUGUUACUCCAUUUUUACCAUGCUUUGCUGCUGUUUACCUUUAGGCGUUGCUGCUCUGGUUUACUCCAUCUCUACCCGAAAUGCAAACAUGUCUGGACAUCAACAAAUAGCAGAGAAAAACUCCAGAAUGGCGCGCAUCCUUAACCACUCUGCUCUUGGUAUCGGCCUCACCUUCCUUGUGUUGUACAUCAUCUACAUCAUCGUCAUGUUCGUCUAUCUUAAAAACCAUUGACCAUAGAGGGCCCAGUGAGAGAUUUCCAAUUAUUAAUACCACGUACAAUGUUACAAAUAUAAUUUUAUAUACACGUUUGAUAUUCUGCUUUUUAAUGUGUAAUGUAUACAGCUUUUUAUGAUUAACUUUAGUUGGUUCAGUUUAUGGAGCAUUAAGGAAUGAUUCAGCAUGUUUAUUCAGACUGACCAACUUAUGUCCAGCCUUUUAUUAUCCACUGAAUUUAAACAAACGCUUUGAAUCUUUCUUGCAUUUUAAAGGAAUAUAAGCUUUGUGGUAAAAGUAUCAUAACAUUUGUUGUUUUUAAAUACAUUGCAUUAAACAUUCAGGUGACCAAAAUGUAAAUGCAUUUGCCAUUCACAGUACAUUCUCACUGAAUAUAACCACAUAGCUGGUUUAUUUUAUUGUCUCCUGUUAUACUGUCCUGUCCCAAAAAAAUAUAUCCUAGAAUUCUGUAGAUCAAUUCAUAUAUCCUUAUUAAUAUCUGAGAUCAUCCUCAUAAUGUCCUUUUAUGAAAAUAAAAAAGUUAUGGUAAUCGUCA